AUGGCUCGCUCAAGAGCAGAUACCGAAAACCCGCCCCUCAAGCGCCGUAAACUCAACGGCGCGGCCUCAGAUGCCACGCCCAACCCGCAAUCCCCUAGCCAUGGAUCUCAAUCGUCCUCUUCCGACGAGCUCGCCGCUGCUUCGGACUACGAGACAGAGCAGCGGCGCAAAGCUAGCUGGUCGGCCCAAAAAGCAGUAGCGGAUCGCCGUCAAUAUAAACGUCAAUCAAACAGCCCCAGUGUCUCUGACGGUCCAGACGAGCUCGCCAUGGACGCGGACGCCCUUUGGGGCCGGGAGCAGUCGCCCGCCAAAGAAGACGAGCCAGCGAAUGCAGCAGAUCACCAGGACAACAACCAGGAGACAUCCGAUGUGAAAGUAGAUUCCGGCGAUUUAGCUCCGGCACAAGGUGACAUUGAUAGUUCAGAGUCUCUUGAUGCGCGGACUACGGAGCAACCUGAACAAUUACCAACACCUGAGCCUGCCGCCCCUCCGCCGCCGCCCAAACCAGAUCAUAUAAAUUAUGUUCAGAAGCAUUUGCUAAAAGGUCAUCUUCGUGGAGUGUCUGCCGUUAAAUUUUCUCCCGAUCGGACCAUGCUUGCCAGUGGAGGAGCUGACGGCACACUAAAAGUCUGGGACGCCUUGACGGGAAAAUUGAUUCAUACGUUCGAAGGACAUCUGGCCGGUAUAUCAACUGUCGCGUGGGGUCCGGACAACGAGACAAUCGCUACAGGUUCUGACGACAAGACCAUUCGGCUGUGGAAUGCCUUGACGGGCAAGGCUCACCCAAGAGCCUUCAACGGGCACCAUAAUUAUGUAUACUCGAUCGCGUUCUCCCCUAAAGGAAACAUCCUUGUUAGUGGAUCAUACGACGAAGCUGUUUUCUUAUGGGAUGUACGUUCCGCAAAAGUUAUGCGUUCCUUGCCCGCUCAUUCGGACCCUGUCGCUGGGAUUGACGUGUGCCACGAUGGAACGCUGGUCGUUUCCUGCUCGUCUGACGGACUGAUUCGAAUCUGGGACACGAUGACGGGGCAAUGUUUGCGUACGCUCGUUCAUGAGGACAACCCACCAGUUAUGGCGGUGCGCUUCUCUCCGAAUAGCAAGUAUGUUCUUGCCUGGACACUAGAUGACUGUAUUCGGUUAUGGGACUACGUCCAAGGGCGGUGUAUCAAGACGUACCAAGGGCACAUAAAUCGCAAAUACAGCCUGUGUGGGAACUUCGGCACGUAUCGGGCGCCAGGCGGACCGCCGCAUGCGUUUGCAGUCAGUGGUAGCGAGGACGGCGCCUUGGUAUGCUGGGAUGUGGUUGAUAAGAACAUAUUGCAACGGAUCGAGGGGCAUACAGAUGUUGUCUUGGGUGUUGAUACUGCUGAGGUUAAUGGCACGAGGCUCAUAGCCAGCUGUGGGCUGGAUAGGACAGUUCGUCUGUGGGAGGAGGUCAACGAGGAUGUUGCAGACGAAAACAACUUGUCUCAAAUAAAUGGCGAGGAUAAGAUGGAUGGCAAUAUUAAUGGGUCAAACCCAGCACAGCCAACACCAGCAGCAGAGACAGAGCCAGAGGACAGUUCUGCUGACGGGCAGAAUGGUGUCAAUGAGGAUAAAAUGGCUGUUGACUAA